AACUGCCAAUCUAUGCUUUGAUUGGUCUUAGUUAGGUUUUCUGAUGGCUGCCAGCUUUAAAUUGGGAGAGGAACUGAGAUUCCAGCAACGGUGGGAUUUUCGGAGGGGAGACAGCGAUUUUGAUACGUCAAGCUAUGAUUCGAGAUCAAGUUUAGGUGGGGAACAGGCUGAUAUCAGGAGUAGACUGGCCUUGGUUCCUGUCCAAAAUGACGAGACUCGUGAUACUACGAAAUUUCAGCAGAAGGGCAAGAGUGAUCCUGGAGUUUCAGUUCAAACUGAACUUGGAAAAGCUGAAAAGGGAAAGAGAGGACGAAAAGGUAAAAAUGUCAAUUCGGAACAGAAGAGAGGAGUUCGUAAAGUUGCAGAUCGAAAGAAGGGUAUGAGUAUCAUCGACGAGAAUGCUGCGCUGAAUGAUCUGAAAAACUACAUGAAUUCUUUAUUGGAAGAAGUUAAAGUUACAAGAACAAAUUUGUUAUCAUGGAUGAAGGAAGAAAUGGAGAAAUUAAUGGAAGAAGAAGAGAAAGCUUGUGAAACCGAAAAGAAACGACAUGAAGACCGAAUAAAACAUCAGAAUAAGUCUCAGGAUAGUCAAGCUUAUGUUCAACACCAAAGUCUCUUUGGUCAGAACAUCCCACUUCAGCAUCAGAAUAAUCUCGAACUGCACCAGCCUGAAAACAAGUCUCGGAAAAAUAUCCGAGCGCAGCGCGGAAGGAGGACUGGAGCUAGUACUACAGCCAGAAGCAAGAAACUUGAUAAAGUUGAUUAUAGCCAAGCAAUUGUGAUUCUGACACAAAGUGAAGAUGACAGAGAACAGAAAUCAGUACUAUCCGACAAACGCAAUUCAAAAUCCGGUCCUUCAAAUCCGAAAACGCCAGAGAAAAGCAUUGUUUUGGGGAUAAAAGCUCAAAAUAGCAGUAAUGGAUCUCCAGUGAAAUCUGCAAGAGGCAAAAGAGUUGCUAGUUCUGAUAAUCACUGCCAAGUUAUUGGAUCCAUAGCUUCAGGAUUAACAACAGACCUGAAUUUUUCGUCCGAAUCCUUUAAUCAGAUGCCUUCAUCAAUGUACUUAACACUACCAACUGUACUAUCACAUCCUUAUACCACAAACCAUACGUCAGAAUCAUCAAAUACUCGUUCAUUUAGCUAUGUUCAACCAAGAAUUUAUCAAAAUCAAGCAGAAAGAUCCAAUCCAACGACAGGUUCAAGCAACUACCUUGGAUACUAUCAAAGCCUGCUUCAACCAGAAGAAAGAAGUAGACACUUUGCUCAAAUAGCUUCAGACACAAGUUUCUUUAAUCAUAAUAGCACGAGUACUUCAUCGCUUAUUGGACAUGGAUUCACAGUUCCUUUACAGGCUGUCAAUGGCGGAUUUAACAUUCCGAGACAAUUUGAUUUGGAAAGUAUACCCAGAGAGAAUAGUAACAUCCUUGGCCUGCCAAUGAAUGGAGGAGGAGCUAUCAGGUUUUCUGCUGGAGAUUAUUACUCUUUGCCUGAAUCUUACGUUGCCAAUAACUUGCAUAAUCAUUCAAAUUACAGAGCAGAUGGCAGACAAAUAGCAUACCAAGAAACCUGUCGAUACCCGAAAUAAACAUUCUCUAUCAGAAUUCAGAAACUGCGAAUUCAAUAAAUUUU